ACAUCCAUCAAACAUUCAAACAUGAUGUGCCACAGAUCCGAAAGCCAGAUGAGAGGAAAGGCAGCACCGAUCUUACUCCUCGCCAUCCUUGUAUGCCAUGCGUUCUGGGCAAACGCCAUCCGUCAACCAGAUGACUGGCACGAGAUACUGCGCAAGGAGUGUAAGCUGAGCGUGUGCCAUGAAAUCGGAGGACACAAGAGUUGCUUCUGCUGCUUGGCGACGCCCGACAGCCCUUGUUGGUUCAAGGAGGACGAGUGCAAGAAAGCCUGCUCGCAGGUGCAGUUACCACCAUCCUCCUCUGGUGGCACCAAUCAAAUAGUGUCGUGAGAUGUUUGGAACAACGACAAUAAGAGAUCACGUCGCGUUUUUGUUCUAAAUGAAUCGGUCAUCUAGUGUUGUAUCUCCAUCCAAAAAAAGGUGCAAGGAAUCGAGUCAAGAAUGGAACUUCUCCCUGAAUUUUAGCUGUGACCAAA